AUGGCUUACGACCCCACCAACAACCCCUCCAAGACCUCCGGUCAGCUUCACUCCGUCAAGGGCAACGUUGUCGAGAGCAUCGGUAACUUGACGGGCGCCCAGUCGUGGCAACAGUCCGGUGCCCAGGAACACGCGUCAGGCGAGGCCGAAUACAACGCCGCCCGCAUCAAGGGCUACGCGGAGGGCACCAUGGAUCGCGUCACCGGCACGAAGGACAGCGUCGUCGGCGCUGUCACCGGCGACCGCUCCCAGGAGACUGCAGGCAAUCUGCGACACGACAAAGGCGCGCAACAGCAGAAUUUCAACAAGAACGCCUGA